UUCCGACCCAAACAAACAGUUAACGACGAGGCCACAAAGCUGCAUGACGUUGUCUCAUAAGCGUUUUCCUGUUAAAGAUGGCUUUAUAUCCCAUAGUGGCCCUGAUGAGGAGUGAUCAUAAUCGCAGGUGUCUUUGGAGACUCUAGGAGUUCUCUGAUGGUUAUAUAGUAGUGAGGCCACUAGCUACCAAGAUCAGUUGUCAUUUCUGGAAUUCGUCAUCACAAGUCCACACCAACCCAGAGACUUCUUGGACCGCGUCUCUUAAUCUUCUUGGAUUGAUACAGGCUCCUCAGGUUAACUACAGAAAUUUCACAGAUUCUGUGGGAGAGUGGCCUGUUCGUCUACAUCUAAUGCCACAGCAAUGCUUGCCUACACCUCAGGCGCUGACUCCAUGUUGACCUACCCGGAAAGAACGUCCCACAGCGACACCGCCUCUUUAGCGCAGACAGCACCACAUAUGCCGCACACAGUACAUUCUCUGCCUGCGCCACCGGGGUUGAUACACAGCUCCAAUCCACGGUCGUACCCUUCUCUGCCGCCGCUGCCUCCUCCCCGGACGCGAGAUUGUCGUGAUCUGUCCGUGCGCGCAAGCUCUUUGUUGAACAACAGAAGUGAUUCGAACGUUCCUUAUAGGCUGAGAGGAACACGGUCACCCCCACCAAGAUAUAACAACCGUCUAGAAGCACUUUAUUUAUUACAAAAGGGACAGGUGUGCAAUCAGGGACGGCUUAUGAUGACGUCCACGGUGCCGAGUAGCCAGUCAGAGCUCCAGCUAUAUAGAGUUCUACAGAGGGCCAAUUUGCUCCAAUACUUUGAUAUCUUCAUUGCUCAAGGAGGGGAUGAUGUUCAGCAACUGUGCGAGGCGGGGGAGGAAGAGUUUCUGGAGAUCAUGGCGCUCGUUGGAAUGGCCAGCAAACCCCUGCAUGUACGCAGGUUACAGAAGGCGCUACAGGACUGGGUGGCAAAUCCAGCCCUGUUCCAGCAGCCCCACACAGGUUCAUCGCCGACCUCGGGCGGUUCAGCUCAACCUAGCCCUUUGACCACCUCAGUACGAAGUGGCCUCUCCGCCAUUUACCCCUCUAGUAGUGGACCAAAUGUAGUAACGGCUCCAACGUGGAAUCCUCAGCCAGCCAGGCCGACCAACUCUCUUAGUCCAAGCCCGUCUGGCGGAGGGGCGGGGCUAUCGCCAGUAUUGAAUUUAAGAGAAGACAGCAAUCAUCAGGACGAUGCUGAUCUGAAACGCAAUAGUGAUUCUCCCAUUCCGACACCUGUUCUCGUAGAAAGCCAAAUUGCAGCUAUCGCAGAGGCUGCAGAAAAACUUGUGCCAACUUUACCGCAGUUUGAACCAAAGCCAAUGAACAUGAGAAAGCAGAUUAACAAGGAAAUAGAGAAACCAUCACCACGGCGACACUGGAACGAGGAAACCAUGGAAGUUGCAUGCGACUCCAUUGCAGCGGGAAAGCUGUCCAUCCGUAAAGCAUCCGAGGCUUAUGGGAUACCUAGAGAUGCCAUUCAGCGGAGGAUUGCUGGGAGGCUGCCGCCAUCUUGUAGACCAGGUCCUAGAACGAUUCUCAUGCCAGAAGAAGAAAUGCAGAUUGUUGAGUAUUGUUUCCAAAAGAGAGCCUCGGGGAAGACUGUGACAGGGAUGGACUGCCGUCGAAUGGCAUACAGGUUGGCCGAAGACAGCGGUAGGUCUCACCCAUUUAGCAAUGGUAUUGCAGGCGCUGAUUGGUUCGAGGGGUUUAAAAACCGUCACCCUGAGUUGCCUUAUGGGAAGCAUAACGCCAACCGUACGGGCACGACAAAGACGUCCCGCACCAUUCUCUCUAUGGAGGAAGAGCAGCUCAUUGUGGAGUACAUGCAGCAGAGUAGAGAGCAGGGUAAGGGCGUGUCAGGCCUAGACGUCAGGAGGAAGGCCUAUGAAAUUGCUGAUGCCAGCGGGAGAAGCCAUCCCUUUCGUAAUGGCAUUGCAGGAUAUGAUUGGUUUGAGGGAUUUCGGACCCGCCAUCCUGAGGUGACAUUUCGUAAAUCUGCCACUGUGAAACCAUUGAAAGUUCAAAUGGCAUCGACUGAUAGUGGGGAUGGCUAUCCAGUCAAAGUGGAUGAUUAUGUUGUCGAAGUCAAUGAAGAUUAUUGUCAUGACGACACCCAGGACAGUACCAAUGAUAGCAAUAUUGCUAAUAAUACUAAUGAACAUGACAGUGCUGACAAUGACAGUAGCCAUGACAGUAACAAUGAUUCGUAUGAUGUUGCUGAUACUACAAGUGGUGCUACUGCUUCUGCUGUUAUGGCAGGCUCAGACGAUACUAUUGCAGCCGCAGACGAUGCUUAAACAAAAAGUAAUUGGUGUUGAAACUGUGGAUGUUUUAGCAAUGGAAGCCUAUGAUUGGUGUUCGAAAUAAGGUGCACAUAAGUUAUUAUAUGCUAUGGGCAUUCUUAGAAAUUGCUCUCUGCAGUUAUAGAAGCUGGAUAUCAUUAAAAGCAUUAGUCGAAUAGACCACAUGGUUGUGGCUUUAAAAUCCACUUUGUGUUGACCAAACUAUUCAUUUUAGAAUUUAUAGUUUCGAUUUUUUUCACCAAAUAUCUGGAAGAAGUUCAUCAAAUGAAAUGUUCCAGACUCAUAAAAGAUCUCCCAAAAUUGUGUGCCAUUGAGAUGAAAGAGUUGGAGAGAAGUUUUUCGAUAUAUGGAAAAAAAAGUUUGUCAUGGAUCUGGCUUUAGGGACGCAUCUCAUUUUACGCUAGACCAGUAGGCGACGCAAAAGUGACAGUAGAUCAUGGCAGUCUUCUUUGAUUAUGACUAGAUUAAUAUGCUACACAUAAGUUACAAGCUUAAGUAUAUUCUGAACUCUAUUAUUUUGGUGUUUAGAAACUGAGGGAUCUUUUUGCCUAUGAAACUUUUUCCAUGAUUAAUGGCGUAUGAACAAAAUAUGGAAUAAAACUGCGUUGCACUCAUGAUUUUGCAGUAGAAAGAGACUAAUACAUUCCUUGGUAUGCAAUUAGUAUUACAGCAGAAGAACUAAAACGUUUGGAUUAAGACAAACACAAUGUUAAAUUCUUUUGAGAGAAACUUUAUUCCUGUAAAGUGACUAAUUCACUCUAUCCUUCCUAACAUUAGGUGUAUGAAUUAGAAAACGAAAUAAUUUUGUGGCAAUAUAUAUUAUUUGAGGGAACAAUUGGGUUUAGCGCAUUACAGUGUACAUAUAAUUGCUUGCAUUGAAACAUAGGCCAAGGUUUAUGAUGAUCAUUAUUCGCUGUAAUAUAAAUAACGGUAAUUGUGAAUAUAAACUCAGCACAUGUAAACAAGAGGAUAAUUUUGCCUUUUCAUAUUUAGAUGUUAUGGAGACUUUAAUAUAAUGCUCAUACUCUCCAAAGAUCUGAAAUUCGGGAUACUCUGAAAUCUUGAUCUGCUGUCAGUCAUGACUUGUAGUUAUUACGGCUUUGUCUUAUAUUUAUAAUGGAAAAUUGAGUCUUCCUUCAAAGAUGAAAAAGGGACAAAAGUUAUAUUGUAAAAUGUUUAAUUUAUUUAUAUAACAUAAGCCAUAAUCUUGUUAACAUAGUUUUUUUUAUUAGAGGAAUUGUACCAAAAUGUUUAAGGGAAGUUUACUUAGUCUGUGUCAGAUAUAUGCAUUAUUUACAUAUGAUAAUCCCGAAGAACAUGAGGUUAAUUUAAUAGAUUCAUUUGAAGUCUAUCUACCUAAUAGGAGUGGUGACAAUUAUUUUAUCUCAUCAUUCAAAAGUUUUGUUACAAGUUUUAGACACGUUGACAGACUUAAUAUUUUCAAAAGGUUGAUAUUAAAAAUGUAAAACAUAUUCUUAAAGUUUCGAGGCCAUCUGAAUUAAGUGAUAAUGAAGUUCUAGAAAUGAAUUGUUAGAGAAUUGUUAAAAUUGUCAGUUUUUGUAGUUAUUACACUCAAAUUUUAUCAAGAUCAUUGCAAAAACAAUUUUGCAAUAUUUAAAAACUACAUGAUGUUGUUUACAUGAUGUUUUCUCAUUCCUUUGAUUUACCCACCAUGCUUUGCAACUGUCAGUCAUUUCUUUAGGUUGUUUAUAUUUGAGUACCUAAAGAACUUCAAAAAAUUUUGUAAAAAAUUUCCUGCAAAAUGCAGCUGUUUUAACUUAUUGUGCAUAACAGAGCAUUUAUGCAGUGGCUCAAAACAGCAUUUUACAUUAAAUAUGUUAUUGCAUUAUCUUUUUCACUAUUUUAAAAAAUAAUUUCGAAAAUGAAUAUUAGCAGCAUCCUUGUUAUUGAUAUGUUAUAAAUAUCCAGAAUUAAAAUUUAAUAAUCUUAUUCUGAUGCCAAGAAAUGUUGAAGAGAACUGUGGGGAAUUUUUUUCACUGGAACAUAUUGUCAAGUGAAAUGGUUGUAAUGGUGACCCCAGCUUAUCUGCACUGGGGGAAUUGCUUGCUUUUUAAGUUGAUUUGAUUUUGUUGUUUCUAGUCAGGGUGGUUAGAAAUCCUGUGUACACAGCUUGUUGGAAAUACAUUUUGGAAUAUGGAAAGGGUUAAUAAAAGGAGAAAUUGGAAAAUUAUAGUUCUCUUUGUAAGAGUUUUUUUAUCAACUGGUUAGAAAUGAGGUGUAAAUUUAGCUGCAUUUAGUUUCAUAUAACACCUUGAAGCUUGCAUCACAUCUAGAAUUAUUUUAAUUUUCAAAUAUAAUUCAAAACGGUUCUUAUCAAAUCAAAGUAAAUUUGUACAAAUAUGAACUGUUUAAGCAAUGGGAUAUUGAGUGGGCCCACUUUAUUUUAUAUAAAGCCAAUUGAGAAGCAGAAAGCACUUCAUUCACAUGCAGUGCCACUUCUAAAAAGGGAGGGAAAACUGUGGGAAAUAAUUUGUAACCCUUUUUUCUCUUUUUCUUAAUGUGUGUUUUUAAGAACUUCCUGUUUAAAAAAGUAGGCACUUGGAGCUGCAAAGGACUUGCUAUAUAGAGGGACAGAUGCCAACUGAAGGCUUACACUUUUAAAAAAGACUUUGUGCUUAAUGAAUAAAAUCUGAUAACUUAUCCACAUUGAAACUUAGCUGCAAACAUUCAUUUUUUACCUCAUAUGUAAGUGUUUAAAUAGAAUAUUACAAACCAUGAUUCAUGCUAGACUCU